AUGGGUUCUAAUCCAUGUCUAAUAUGUAAGCAUCUAGGAAAACCUUGUUUUGGCAAUUGUGAGUUUGGUCAAUACUUUCCUGUUAAUAGGGAAGAAGAGUUUUCUAAUGCUUGUAGACACUUUGGCAUAAGCAACAUACUUCGUAACAUGAGAGUUGUCCAACCACAUGAAAGACAAGCUACUGCUAAGUCCCUACUUAUUGAGAGUACAAUUCGGAGAAAUGAUCCAGUUCGUGGUUGUCUUGGCGUUGUGUUGGAUCUCCAGAGUGAACUAGAAACUUUAAACAAACUUCUCAAGUUUUACAGAGAUCAAGCAUGCCCAUCAAACUUGAAUACUUCAACAACCUCUAUUAUCCCGGCACCGAGUAACCCAAGUGUUAUUGCUUCAAGCACCCAAAUACCAACCUUGGCAGAAAGUCCAAGUAGAUCUUUUCCUGGCAUACCUAUUGAUCUGGACACAUAUUUCAGCACUUUUGAAAAAGGACAACCAAGCGCUAUGGCAUCCAAGGGAAAAUUGAUUGUUGAAGAUGAAGAGUUAGAGGCCAAUGAUGAAGAGGAAAACAUAACUUCAGAGGAAGAUUAA